AUGAGAAUCGGCUCCAUCCUGUUCCCCGUCUGGGAGGUCCUCGACAUCCUCGGCCCGCUCGGUGUGCUGAUCAGGGCCUCCCGCAUCCACCAACAGGCCGACGGCAACAACGGCAUCACCGAGCCAGCCGAGUUCGUUGUCGUCAGCGAGCACGGUGAUAUCCCCACGCCUUCGUCGGUUGGGUCCUUUGCCGUCUGGCCAGACCACAGCUUCGACACCUGUCCACAGCUCGAUGUUCUGCUGGUUCCCGGAGGCAUGGGCACUCGCACCCAGGUCAAGAACAGCCAGAUCCUGGACUUUGUCCGGCGCCAGGCCAGGGGCGCUCGGUUUGUCGUCAGCAUCUGCACCGGAUCGGCCAUCCUCGCCGAGUCCGGCGUCCUGGAGGGCAAACGAGCGACGACGAACAAGAUGGCCUGGAAGAGCAUGAUUGUGUUCGGCAAGCAUGUGCAGUGGGUCCCUGAGGCCCGCUAUGUUGUUGAUGGUAAUGUCGUCACCGCCAGCGGCGUCUCGGCCGGCGUCGAUAUGGGCAUCUGGCUCAGCGAACAGCUCUUUGGCCAAGCAGCCACCCAACAGACCCUGGCCGAAAUCCAGUACGAGCCGAUGGCCGCCGGCGACGAUCCCUUCUGGAGAAUCCACCAGCAGCCGCUGAAGGAUCUUGCUUCGGCGGAGCAGCCUUGCAUCAAGCGAGUAAUCCUGGCGCUCGUUGAUGGAUUCGAGCUGCUGGACAUUGCCGGGAUCGUGCAAGUCAUCAAGUACCUCGCCCUUCGCGGUGUGAGUCUGGACAUCAUCAAACUGACUGCCGACAGCCCCUCGCUUCCCAUCAACGAGCACCGCAUUCGUGGCCACUACGCUUUCGGCGGCGACUCACAGGCAUCGCCCGGAGGCAGGUUCAGUCCCAUCCGUGCUGUCUGCAGCCGCUCCCUGUCGAUGUCGGAGGCCCUUGCUGACCCAGCCCGGCUCUUUGGCGAUGGCCUGAAUGAGUUUGGCAACAUUUGA